AUGGAGGUAAACCACGUUGUUAGUAUUCGCAGACUAAGUAUGAACAUAGAAUCGAGCGCCAGUUUCAACUCGCUAUGGAAUCUCACCAGACUGCCCGUGGUCAAAGCGUGGCGCCUUAUGAGCUUGACAGCGGAUCUCGCUAGAGCGUCUACGAAUCGGUCUGAUGAGCAAGGCCAGAGUAGGUCACGUGGGUCAGCGAGCUCCAGGAGAAUCACGAGCUCGGAUCCGGAACAUUUAAAAUCUAAAAGGCGGCUGCCGAAAGGCAGGCCACACGGUUCCGCGGAACGGAAGAGGCGAACCGUCUCGCUCGACGGAAGGCCGCAUAGUGGAAUCGCAAGCGCGGAGAUAAGUAAAGGUGGCCGAGCGUCGGCCGACGCGCACCAUGUACGCUUUGAAUUGCCUACGGCGCAGAGUAAGAGCUGGCCUUUGGCUACCCACCGGGGGCUCGAGGUAGGCAGCGGCAACGGCAAUGGUAACAGCGCGGCAGUAGGAUACGGAGCUUCGACUUCCGUGACGGAAAUGGGGCCUUUCGUGCUGGCGAUUCCGCUGACGCCGGUGCAUUCGCUAUGA